UCUAUCCUAUUGGCUGUAAUACUGCUACACCGACGCAGGUGCCCUGGGUUCCCCAAUCAGCUCGCGCCGGCGGCUCUGCUGAUGCUCGGCGCACUGCUGGGCAGGAGUCCAUGCGCUCCGGCUGGUAAUUUAUCAGACAAUAAACAGUAGUCUAUAUAAACUGAGACGAGCAGGGUAGGAAACGGUUUACUGUGGGACAAUACAAAUACAAGCGUGAAAAACGGAGAAGCUCACUCACUGAUGGCGACUCGUAGCAGGCCGGGCAGUAAGAAGUGUGCUGUGAUCGGGGGCUCCGGCUUCCUCGGCCAGCAUCUAGUGGAGAAGCUCCUGGAGAAGGGAUAUGCUGUGAAUGUGUUCGACAUCCGCCAGGGCUUCAACAAUGACCGCGUCACCUUCUUCCUGGGGGACCUCUGCUGCAGAGAGGAUCUUGUGCCAGCACUGGAGGGGGUGACUGUUGUGUUCCACUGUGCUUCUCCUGCUCCAUCCAGCAACAACAAAGAGCUGUUCUACAGAGUGAACUACACAGGAACCAAGGCAGUCAUCCAGGCCUGCAAAGAGGCUGGAGUUCAGAAAGUGGUUCUGACGAGCAGUGCCAGCGUUGUGUUUGAAGGCACUGAUGUGAAGGAUGGCACUGAAGACUUGCCCUAUGCCAAGAAGCCUAUUGAUUACUAUACAGAGACCAAAAUCCUGCAGGAGAAGGAGGUCCUGGGUGCAAAUAACCCUGAUGAGAAUUUCCUGACAGUUGCAAUUCGUCCCCAUGGGAUUUUCGGACCAAGAGACCCCCAGCUGGUUCCGAUUCUGGUAGAGACUGCCCGAAAGGGGAAGAUGAAAUUCAUCAUUGGUGACGGGAAAAACCUGGUGGAUUUUACCUAUGUUGAAAAUGUGGUACAUGGUCACAUCCUGGCAGCCGAGAGCCUUCACAAAAAUUCACCAGUCUGUGGAAAAGCCUACCACAUCACGAACGACGAGCCCGUGCCGUUCUGGGAGUUCCUGUCCCGAGUGCUGGUGGGCCUGGACUAUGAGCCCCCGCGCUACCGCCUGCCUUACCUGCUCGUAUACUACCUGGCUCUGCUGCUCUCCCUGCUGGCCCUGCUGCUGAAGCCCUUCAUUGCCUUCAAACCCACCUUCACCCCCAUGCGAGUCGCUCUGGCUGGCACUCACCACUACUACAGCUGCAAGAGAGCUAAAGAGGACAUGGGCUACAGGCCCCUGGUCAGCCUGGACCAGGCUAUUGAGAGAACAGUGCAGAGCUACCCCCAGCUGCGCCGGGCUGAGUAACAGGAGAGCAGGGGCUUGUACACGGUCUAGUUCCCCAAAUUACCAGUGAGGUGUAUGUGAGGACCGAGGAGUGUGUUUUGUGAAGAUGUCCUCCUUCCAGUGUCCUUGGGGAAUAAUGUUCAGUCUGUUUGCACAAUGGUUUGACUACAUUCCCCUGCAAUAUCAAUGCUUUUGUGUCAGAAUGUUAAACAAAAGAGUAAUAAAAAGAUAGAACCUUUA